AUAGAGAAUUGAUUAGAUUUAAUGGAAAGAUUCAUAUCACGCACUAAGGUUUGCUAAUACGUCAUGGUGAAAAUGGGUGUACGAUUCUUUCAGUCGCUUCUGUUCCUAGCUGUCUUCACGACUUUCCUGGUCAAUUUAUUGUUAAUUCUAAAUUCUAAUGACUCAUGUAUAAAGCCUAAAGGAUACUUCUGGAUUUCCAUGGCAGAGCAAGGUUAAUAUGGAAUUCUUAAAAAGAAACCCAAAUCAAAUGAACAAAAUUCAAGAAGAUCAGACGACACCAUUUGCUCCAAUGGAUCAUGACACCGCGACGACAUUAAACGACAAAUAUGAGCCAAAAAUAUUAAAAAUUGAAGUCUUUUCAAGCGAGGAAAACAUCUCUGUUAGAGUGAACGGCAAAAAGCUUCUACAUGGAAAUCACCCCACUUUGAUUGGAAUCAACGCUGUUGUUGUCAACCAAGAAACUGGAGAAAGAAUGGGAACUAGGUCCUUUGACACAUACAGCAUUGAGAAAGAAGGUCAACACUUGCAAGAAUUCGUCAAAGAAGUUACUGUUGGGAGAAUUAUUUGUUUUACUGUUAGGGACGAAGCUUCACACCAUCUCAAGAAAAGCGUGCGUGCCUUUCUCAAACACUUUGGAAGUGUUUUCAUCAACCGUCUAAAAUGGAGAGACAUGUGGGCUUUUGUAAUACAGAAAACCAAACACAACGCUCGUGUUCUUGGAGAAGCCUAUCAACAAUGCAUGCACAAUGGGCAUGCUUGCGUAUAUGGUGAACAAGGUUGGACCGCCCCUGUCAGCCUUGUAGUCACUUUUCAGGCAGAGAGGAGCCAGGAUGUAUGCCACUGGAAGGAUACCCCCAGUAAUAGACGCAGAAGGAAGUUCUGCAGGCGAUAUGAAGGAUAUCCUGGUCUAUGCAGCUGUGCAAAUCCCAGAAACAUCGACUUGUCAUCACCCGCUUUUGAGGACGGCACAAGGUUUCAACUCCUCAUUGCAAUCAUGGCUAGUAACAGACCAACCUAUCUCUUUCGAAUGAUAACUUCUCUGCAAAAUGUGAUUGGCCUGGAUGCUUCUACGGCAACUGUUUACAUUGAUGGCUUUUUCAACGAAGCGAAAGCUGUGGCGGAAUUGUUUGGCUUGAACGUGAUCCAACACGAGGCCACUAGCCGACUGGGAGGACGAAUCGCGCAGCAUUACAAGAAGAGCUUGUCUUCGUCGUUUGACAACCACCCAGAGGCGCAACACCUUGUAAUAAUAGAGGAAGACUUGGACGUGUCUGUGGACAUACUGAGUUACUUCAAACAGCUCCUCCCUGUUCUUGAGAAGGACGAAAGUUUGUUUUGCAUUUCAGCUUGGAAUGACCAGGGGUAUGAACAUGUAGUGAAUGACCCAACGAUGCUGUACAGGAUUGAAACAAUGCCGGGAUUGGGAUGGGUGGUAAGCCGAAAGAUAUAUAAAGGUGAAUUAGAAAAGAAAUGGCCUGGUCCUGACGUCAUCUUUGAUUGGGACAUGUGGUUGAGAGCGGUUGAGAAUAUCAAAAAUAGAGAGUGCAUCAUCCCAGACAUCUCAAGAACCUAUCAUUUUGGAGCUAAAGGGAUGAACGUUGCAUCGGCGAUGCAAGAAAGUUAUUUCAAAAGCCAUGCACUCAACAUAGUUCCGAAUGUUAAACUAGACACGUCGAUGAUGUACAAAGAAAACUAUGAAAAGGAGAUCAAGCGACUUAUCAGUUCUGCCGAGGUUCUCGACCACUCCAAAACCCCGUGCUCUCACGUCAAAACGUUUAUUCCCGACACCAUAAACAAGAUCUAUGUAUUCUACAUCGUUAUGAACCACAACCGCGAUUUUAAAACAUGGAUGAAUGUAGCGACGUGUUUUCGCAUAUGGGACCUCGACGCACGCGGUUUUCAUAAGAGUAUGUUUCGACUGUGGUACAAGAAAAACCAAAUCAUUAUUGUUGGAUGUCCUUCGUCAGUCUAUUGCUCGUACAAACCGGAAAAACUGGUUCCUAUCAAUAUGCCAAAUAWGGAGACAAGACCGCCAACCGGUUACUGAUAUUGGGAUCCCACAGGAGACUCGUUUUCUGGGAAAGCGGAGUUUGGCUGUCCAACUGAGGAGAGGAAAAGACCUCGAUCGAAUCUCCCAUAUCUUUUAUUCUUUUUACCUGAUCCUCAUAUUUCCAAUUUUGUCACAGUGUACAUCAUUUUCGUUGUAUCCCAUGCUAUCAAUCAUUUUUGAUUUUAGUCAAAAAAUUAAACUUCAAUCAUUUUAUUUU